AUGCCAAUAAGCAACAUAGAAGAAAAUUUGGAAUUAGCGUGGAACAGACUGGUCGAACUUGAUAGGAAGGAGAGAACAGCAGAAGAGAGUACAACGACAGCAGAAGAGUCAAGCAAAAUUGUAAUUAUUAGUGACGUAUCGCUUGAAAGAUACCGAAAGUUUCGUCGGGGAGGGGAACUCAAAAGAUUUAACAUCUAUGUCCGUUUAGUUAGGGGAGAAGUAAUCGCAUAUGAAAUGCCUAGUCCAGUCCAUGCAUCGGUAACAGCAAUAUUGUCUUACCUGUUGCUACUUUGGAGCAACCGUCAUCUUGUUGUUUCUAGUAAGUUGGACAUUAUCGUUGGUAAUGCUAGUGAAUAUUGUACCGAUAUUGCGGCCGAACCAAGACAAACUCCGCCGCCUACACCCGGAUCC